UGAAAAUGAGAAUCUCGUAACCGAGGCGACACUAGAAAAGUCUCACUUAAGGUGGUGACGCCCCCUUGCCCCUUGAUCGACCAGCUGGCAGGGUUAGCAAUCCAAGUCACGUCCCGCACUAACGCCUCCUACCGAACUCUUUCUCUUCAACUUGAGCCAUGGCCACCCCGGAGCCGAUGCAGCGGCUGUUUCAGCACAUCGAUGCGAACAAAGCUAAAUACAUUCAGACCUUGAGCGAUGCGGUGGCCAUCAAGAGUGUUUCGGCCUGGGCUGACACUCGGGGUGAAAUUUUCAAGAUGAUGGAGUGGGCCAAGACCAAGCUGGAAGCUCUGGGCGCCACCGCUACCCUCAGGGAUGUCGGUGAACAGGUCAUGCCUGAUGGAACCAAACUGAAGCUGCCACCUGUCCUCCUUGGAGAACUUGGAAAUGAUCCUGCCAAGAAGAAACUGUGCGUCUACGGCCACUUGGACGUUCAGCCUGCCCUGAAGGAGGAUGGCUGGGACACCGACCCUUUUGUUCUUACUGAGAAGGAUGGCAAGCUGUACGGACGAGGCUCUACUGACGACAAGGCGCCCGUUCUCGGCUGGCUGCAUGCUAUCGAGGGCUACCAGGCGCUGGGCAUUGACCUCCCAGUCAAUCUGAAGUUUGUUUUUGAAGGCAUGGAGGAGAGUGGAAGCGAGGGUCUUGAUGACCUCUUGUACGCUGAGAAGAACAAGUUUUUGAAUGACAUCGACUUUGUGUGCAUCUCUGACAACUACUGGCUCGGCAAGAACAAACCUUGCAUCACGUAUGGUCUCCGAGGAAUCUGCUAUUUCCACUUGGAAAUUUGCUGUGCUGCAAAGGACUUGCACAGUGGAGUUUUUGGUGGAACUGUCAAUGAGGGAAUGGCUGAUCUUAUUUACUUGAUGAACACCUUGCUUGAUAAGGAUGGAAAUAUUCUGGUGCCUGGAAUUAUGGACGACGUGGCCCCUGUCACACCUGCUGAAUUAGAGAUCUACAAGGAAAUCGAUUUUGAUGUUAGCGAGUACAGGAGUGACGUCGGCACCAACAAGUUGCUCAGAAACGAGGACAAGAUCAAGCUGCUGAUGCACAGGUGGCGGUUCCCAUCUCUCUCCCUCCACGGCAUUCAGGGAGCUUUCAGUGAGCCCGGCUCCAAGACUGUCAUCCCUGCCAAGAUCAUUGGCAAAUUCUCUGUCAGGAUUGUACCCGACCAAACACCUGAGAAGCUGGAGAAACUGGUUGUUUCUUAUCUGAACGCAAAGUGGGCUGAGAGGGGCUCCUCCAACACCAUGAAGGUGGAGAUGGGCCAUGGCGGCCGCCCCUGGACCGCAGACCCAAAUCACCCUAACUACAUCGCCGGCAGGAAUGCGACCAAAUUGGUGUAUGGCGUUGAACCUGACCUGACCAGAGAGGGCGGCUCAAUUCCCGUCACCCUGACUCUCCAGGAGGCGACUGGAAAAAAUGUGAUCCUGCUGCCUAUGGGUGCAGCUGAUGAUGGAGCUCACUCGCAGAACGAGAAAAUUGACAUCCGCAAUUAUAUCGAAGGAACUAAGCUUCUUGGCGCCUACAUGUACGAGCUCUCUAAACUGAGUGGAUAAUCCAAGGUGGAAAUCACGUAAACCCUUAUGCUUUUCUAAAACGCAUUGAAAUCUUUGAAAUCGUAUUUUUAUACUACAGUACAAUCUUGAUUAUUUGCUAUCUAAAGUGCUAAUCUUUGCAAUAAAGUAUCUAAAUUAAAA